AUGGUAAAAUUAGGAGUUUUACUUCUACUUUGGACAUUCCUUAUUGCAGCCUCAGGCAAACUUUAUUUUAUUGCAGAGAUCUUCAGGCAUGGGGCAAGAUCUCCUGAACUCUAUGAGGAUGAUAAAUUCAUCAAUGGAAAAGGAAUGCUUACUGCUUCUGGAUUCAGACAACAGUUUCUUCUUGGAUCAGAGCUAAGAAGAAGGUAUGUGCAAGGAUAUCCUAACCAGGAUCAGUUCUUAAAUCAGUUCUAUGACCCUGAUGAGAUCUAUGUCAGAUCAACACAGACUAAAAGAACAGUUCAAAGUGCUUACGCUCAGUUAUUGGGUUUGUACCCUCUUGACUCUGCUGAAUUUUUAAAUUCUGAACUAACAGAUGUUGCUGUGCCUCCUAUUCAAGUGUUUAACUUGAAAGACGUUCAAGAAAGACUUGGAAUAGACCCUAUUCUUGAUAACCCUCAACCAAUACCUGUGUUCAAUUUUGAUCAACAGGUAGAUACUUUCGUUGCAUAUGGAGAUUGCCCUUUCAUUAGUAAUGAAUUCUUUACAAGAAACGAACAAAAAGAGCUCUGGGCAGAUCUUGAUGAAAAAUUCAGGCCCUUGAUAUUCAAACAAAUUGCUCAAGCCUUUGGUGCAGAUUCUGGAGAUUUGCAUUUUAUUCACAUGGGCCCUCUUAUCGACAUUUUAUUUGCUGAAGAAUUUGAGGGUAUUCAGAACAGAUUCAAUUUUACAGAAGAAGAAUGGGAAAUUGUUCUUUCUAUGCAUGUUCCUUCUCUUUCAAAUAGACUUUCUGAUAAAGGCACUCAGCUCCUUGCUUUGAGACAUAUCCUUCCUAUCUUAGAGACAAUGAAAAAGAAGAUUGGAUUGGACUACCAAGAAGAUUUAAUUUCUAGAUUUGGAGACUCUAAAAUGCUGAUGAUUUCAAGUCACGAUGCUCAGUUAAUUUUUAUUCUGAGAUUCUUAAACCCAGAGGGAUUUGAACUAACUCAUGUUCCAUAUGCUUCAACUUUAAUUUUCGAACUUCGCAGAUUUGAUACAAAUGCUUGUCAUAUCAGAGUCUCAAGAAGCUGCUUUUAUGUCCGCAUUUUGUUCAACGACGAACAGCUCAAACUCCCCGGUUGUGCUCAAAAAGACUGCACAUUCAGAGAAUUCUCUAACUACAUCCAAACAACCGGAAUCUCAUACCAAGAAGUCCAAGAACAAUGCCAAUCUGAAGAACUCCUCCAAAAUUUCGACUCAACAAAAUCCGUUAUCUAAAAGUUCUCCACCCAAACACUAUCAAUCUCUA